AUGAGUUCUCAGAUAAUGCAUAUGAAUACAGAAGAAGAGAAUGGAUACUCUACCUUAAAUUACCUGCCACAGCAUCCAGACAGACACUACAUGUCCCUGAACAUCGACCAAGGGCGCUCUCUUCCCUUUGCUGUAUGGUGGCCAGCCAUCUUCACUUUGUUUGCACUAUGCCUGGCCCUCACCAUAGGAAUGAUAGUCCUAGGUCUCAGAGAUUCUCAGGUACCUGCAGCACAUAAUGAAAACUUGCAAGGACUAAAGAAGAGAUUGUGCUUGAUGGAUGACAGAAACGGUAAGAAGACAGCAAGACCCGUAUGUUCACUCUGUCCUGUAAACUGGAAAUGGUUUGGAGGCGACACCUGUUUCUACUUUUCAGAAAAGGAGGCCACGUGGAAGGAAAGUGACGACUUCUGCUUCUCCCGGAACUCCACCCUUCUUACGUUGAAAUGGGAAAGCAAGAUGGUAUGA